AAGGCUUCAUCUCUCCGAGCUCUAUCGGGGAUCCAAGCACCUUACCAUCUGACGAGUGAGAGGCUGAGAUCCAGGAUGAGGAUCCUACUGGGCUUGCUGGUCCUGGCGACCACCUUGGUUGUCCUCCACGCCGCUCUCGAAGAGCAGCCCAACGCGCUCCCAGUGGAGACUUUGAAACAGUUGUCCCUGGAUGGAGAGAAGCUGGUGGACGCGGAGGUGAAGAGAGCUCUGUACGGGGUGAAGGACAUAAAGGAGGUGAUGAGGAGCAACGAACUCAAGCACCAGCACCUCAUGAAGUCCCUGAAACGCAGCAGUGAGAAGAAGGAGGGGGCAGCACAGCUAAAGCAGGAGGUGACUGAGAAGCUGAUCCAGGCGGAGCAGAAGUGCCGGGACUCCCUCCAGUCCGAGUGGGAGCAGUGCAGGCCUUGUCUGGAGGAGGCCUGCAAGUCCUUCUACACCUCCACCUGCCGUAGGGGCUUUGCCUCUUUCCGCGCCAAGGCGCAGAGCUUCUUCCACCGAGUGUCCCGCCGUUCCGUCCCCCAGGAGCCCACCGUGGAGGCCGGGGACAUCGUGGUCAACCAGGAGCCCGGCAGCCGGCAGGCAGAGGCGGCCGAGGCGGCCCUCAUCGAGGCCUCCUUCAGCCAGCUGAUGCGGAGGGUGGGGGGCCUGGUGGAGCGCAGCAGGACCCUGGUGGGCCGCACCAGGAGCCGGCUGGACGACGCCUUGCGCGGGGCCUUCUUCAACCGAGACGAGAGCGAGAGCUGGAGCGAGAGCGGGAGCGAAAGCGAGAUCGCGGACCCCGCCAGCCCGGGGCCGUUCGACCCGGCUCACGACUCAGGCUUCCUGCAGGGCGUGGGCCUGGACGAGGUGCUAGACUCCUUCUUUGACUUCGGCAGGAGCGUGGUGGAGGAGUUCGGGGCCGUGGUGGCCACCAAGGUGCUCCCCAAGGACUUCCAGGGGCCGGAGGGAGGGAGGACGCAAGUGCGGGGCGUGUUCCCUCGGUACCAACACAACAGAAAGCUGUGUAGGGACCUGCGCAGACAGACCUCCGAGUGCUGGCAGCUGCAGCACCAGUGUGAGGCCUGCCAGGGUCCCCUGCUAAGAGAGUGUCCCAGCGUGAGGGAGCUUCACGUGGCGCUGGAGGAGGCCUCCCAGCUGCUGGAGGUCUGCAGGGAGCAGUACGAGGAGGUCCUUACCGUGGUCCAGCGCCACACCGACCAGACACUCAGCUGGCUGGGAGACAUGGCCGCCGAGUACAGCUGGGUGGCGCCCGAGUGGACGGAGGAAGGCAGCGGCGCCGCCGGAGACAGCCCCUGGAACAUGUUCCGCAUCACCACGGUGUUGCCCAAGAGCAACGGCGGGGAAGAGAACGGCAACGCCACUGAGACGGAGGUCCGGGUCACCGUCCUGAACUCAGCCCCCCUCACCUUCUCCGUCCCCGGGGAGCUCCAGGUCCAGGACCCAGGCUUCCUCCAGUACGUCACCCAAGAGGCCCUGGACAGGUACAAGGACAUGGUCAGGUAA